GCAAAUUUGAACGUCUUUAGGCAAAGGGACGUACACGCCUUGAGCUCUCUAAAUUGCAUCGAUUAAAACGAGCCUGAAAGUAUGAGGGUGUGUUUAAUUCGACUUCCUACAUAAAUAAUAUGAGCCUUUUUUCACAGUGAAUUCCGGAACGAUGACUAUCGCAGCAGCGUCGGGCUUGUGAUACGCUGGCGUUCGACGAGAGCAACCGAUAGCUUCGCUCCUACUUUUAAGUUUAAUCGCCUACCCUGGCUAACCGAACCCAUACAUCAGGCAUGACUGCGUCUUUCAUGGUCGUCUCCGUCCUGCUAUUUGUCUUCGUUCCCGAGUCGUUUGCAGACCUCCGAUUACUAUGGCGCAGCACUGAACACGCUUCCGCUGAAUCCCCUGACCAAGAGGACCUCAUCAUGUGGGCCUCAAAGCAACAGGGCCUCAACCGGUGUGCUGGCCUCAUCCUCUACGAUACUCAAGGUGGUGCCUCGGCGGCCUCACACAUCAGUGAGGCCAACGUCUUCCCUCAGGGGACGAUGAUCGUGGACGCCGCAAAGAUCAGCGCUGUGCAGGCCCUUCAUUACGUGGCUUUGGGCAGCUUGGGCGGGUCCUGCUCGUCGGUGUUGCUGCUCCUGACGAGCGUCUCCUGGAGGGCGAUGUUGGACGCAAGUGGCGCCGCGCGAACACUCGCUGACUCAUGGGCGCGCAAUCGGCGUGUCUUCGCCGUCAUGCAGGCUGCCACGCUCUCUAAGCAAGCAAUGUCGGACCAGGCAUCGAAUAACGAGCGAGACUUGCUUCUACACUCGGUUCUUCGCAAAAGCGUCCAACUCGUGCUGUGUUCGUAUGAUCCUCACAACAACCUCUGGCGGCUGUUCCGGUCAGUUCUGUACCGAGGCCCGCAUCGACACACCUCAGCCCUCAUUGCCACCUAUCACCGGGAUGCGGGUGUGCGCUGGACACAGGGCUCAGAGUUGUUCUCUGAUCGUCGGUUCCAGGACUUCGAAGGCUACAAGUUCACCAUCGCUGCUCUGCCGUAUUCGCCGUUCAUCAUCGAAGCGAACGGCGCCUACGCCGGGCCUGGCAAAUACUCCGGCCUCGAAGUGAGGCUCAUCGACACGCUCGCCAGCGUCGCCAAUUUCACGUACGAAUACAAGGCGCCCUCUGACGGCGAGUGGGGCAGACUCUCGCCCAACGGAUCGUGGUCAGGCAUGAUUGGUCUGGUAGACCGCCAGGAGGCGGACUGGGCGGUGAGCGACAUCACCUUCUCCCCUGAGCGCGCUGGCUACGUCACCUUCAGCAGCACCUUCGUGUACGACGCGUCCGAGCUCCUCACACCGAGGGCGCUGCCCCUGCCGCUCUUCUUAGGACCAGUCAAGCCCUUCACGCUGGUGGUGUGGGUGGCGGUGGCUGCGGCCAUUGCGCUCUCAGGACCUCUGCUGUACAUCAUCGUCAGGACCUCCCCAGCUCACGACCACGACGCCUGGUUCCUGACCCCAGCACACGCUGUCAUGUACACGCUGCAACCUGUCUUUAACCACGGCUGCCACAAGGACUUGUCUGGCAACAGCAGUCGCGUGUUCGCCCUCUUCUGGCUGCUCUCAGCCAUGAUCAUCAGCAUCCUGUACUCCUCAUCCCUGACAGCCUUCCUCAUCCUACCGGGAUACACCAAGCCCAUCAUGAACCUCGAGCAGCUUGUUAAUUCACACAUCGGAUGGGGAAAAGUGAAUUUCGGCGGCGUCCAGAACGCGCUGCUGGAACAGACCAAGGAUCCCGUCCUGAUCAGACUGAGGGAGGGCGUACAGUGGUACAGGUCCUUGGACAGCAUCCUGAAGGAGGUGGUGGCUGGUAAACUGGCUACAUGGGACAACCGCAUCACGACGCGCCUGGAGAUUGCCGUGCAUUUCACCGACAAGUCCGGCCAGCCACUCGUGACUCUCACGGGCUUCGAGCUCCUGCAGGAACGCAUUGCUUGGCCGAUGACGCGACUCGCCCCCUUCAAAUGCAGGUUUGAUGAACUCAUUCAGCGAGCGCGACAAGCAGGCUUGGUGGAGAAGUGGCUCAGGCACGUGAUCUCAGAGCAACAGGUCCAGGCAAAGCAGGAGCAGAACAGUCAGCUGCAGACGGCAGGUAACGAAGGAGGCGGUGAAGCAGGAGGCGUCGUCGUGCUCAGCCUCGACCACUUUCAGGGCGUCUUUCUCGUCCUCGUCUUCGGCUGCUUCGUCGGGGGUUUCGCAUUCGUCGGCGAGUUGGUUUUUCACAGAACAGGAGAGGGCGCCAUCAUCAACAUCUUUCAGUGUCCCGCGUACCACGGCAUGGGAUAUGCUCGUCAUCGACGCGGAUGAACUUCAGGAGACCAUCGAAAUAUCGCGCGCUAUAUGAAACUUGAGAUUAUGGAUAUACUACGAUGACCUGGCACUACAAUGCCUGGCUUCAAAAUCAUGUUGGAAUGUCAGCUGCGAUCAUGGAUAUUACUCAAUUUUCUUAAUAUCCACGUGGAUCAGUACUGGAAAACAUUCAGAUUAGCAUAAUUUAUGAAAAGCUAACCCACACUGCAGCUUCUUGGUCAAACCAGUGAACAGCUGGCACAGUCAUUACGUUAGUUAUCGAUUUAACUAAACUGCCAGCCAAUGAAGGAGUCAGGUGCGUCUAACCUGCGCUCAGCGGACUGCAAACGACCCUACUAUGAAACCGGACCUUGAUUUUGGCAUCAUCGCCGUCAUGAAUUGGUGAUACUCUUAAAAUUCGUCUUCUACUUACACAUUUUCUCUCAUCAAUUGAACAAAGGAGCCUAAAACAAUCUUGUAAAAAAUGAAGUCCAGCUGUUCGCCUCUCUGACAAUAUCGUAACUCCAACAGUAACGUACGGAAUGGAACCCGAAUGACGAAAACAGUUCAUACUGAAAAUAUUUAAUGAACUUUACUCACAAUUGACGCUACAAAUAAUUGAGUAAAUAACUCGCAACGCAUCACCAAUUGUU